AUGGAAACAGCCACAUCUUCAUCUUCAUUGAGAGAUUUACAAAUCUCCAAAUUGGAGAAGAUGUUACAUUUAAAUAAAGACGGAUCACCAGAUUUAACAUUAGCUUCAAAAUCAGAAGAAAUUAUAUGGAAAGUUUUAAUAUUAGAUUCAAAAUCAACCCAAAUAUUAUCAUCAAUUUUAAGAGUUAAUGAUUUAUUAAAAUGCGGAAUUACAGUACAUUCAUUAAUCAAUUCAAAAAGGUCAAAUUUACCUGAUGUUUCAGUUAUAUAUUUUAUUGAACCAACUAUUGAAAAUAUUCAAAUUAUAAUUGAAGAUUUAAAGAAUGAUAAAUAUGAUUCAUUUUUCAUAAACUUCACAAGUUCAAUAAAUAGAAGUUUAUUAGAAGAAUUUGCAAAAUCAGUAAGUUUGAUAGGCAAAUCACAUAAAAUUAAACAAGUUUAUGAUCAAUAUUUAAAUUAUAUAACUACUGAAUCAAAUUUAUUUUCAAUUAAUCAGCCUCAAAUUUAUUACAAAUUCAAUUCAAAUACUACAUCAGAAAAUGAAAUUCAUAACCUUGUUAAUUUAAUUUCCGAUGGGUUAUUAUCAUUAAUUAUUUCCAUGGAUGUUAUUCCAAUUAUACGAGCUCAACAAAAUGGCCCUGCUGAAUUUGUAGCAAAGGAAUUAGAUAUGAAAUUAAGAGAAUAUUUAAAUAAUAAAACUCUGACAUCACAAUCUACAUUUACCCAACGACCAGUUUUAAUUUUAUUAGAUAGAAAUUUUGAUUUAAGUUCAAUGUUUUCCCAUUCUUGGAUUUAUCAAUGUAUGGUAAAUGAUGUGUUUCAAUUGAGAAGAAAUACAAUUAAAUUAAUAAAAACAAAUAAAGAUGGUAAAGAAAUAAUUAAAAAUUAUGAUGUUGAUCCAAAAGAUUUCUUUUGGUCUAAAUAUUCUCAAUUACCAUUUCCUGAUGUUGUUGAAAAUGCCGAUUUUGAAUUAAAUUUGUAUAAACAAGAUGCAAAAGAAAUUACAAAUAGAACUGGAAUUUCAAAUUUAAAUGAUAUUGAUCCAAAUUCAAAUAGUACUGCUAAUAUUCAACAAGCAGUUGAAAAAUUACCAGAACUAACAAAUAGAAAAUCAGUAUUAGAUAUGCAUAUGGAUAUUUUAUCAAAUUUAAUUAAUGAAUUACAAGCUAAAAAUUUAGAUAAGUAUUUUGAAAUUGAACAAAAUACAGCAAAUACAGAUUCGAUUAAAAUUCAAAAGGAAUUUUUAGAAAUUUUACAAUCAAAUUCUGAAAAAGAUUCCAGUUUGGAUAAAUUAAGAACAUUUAUAAUAUUAAAUUUGGUAGUUGAUAUACCAAAAGAGUAUAUAAAUAAGGUAACUAGUAUUUUUAAAGAAUCUUAUCCUAGUCUAGAUCUUGCUCCAUUAAAUUAUAUACUUAAAUUUAAAGAAAAUUCAAAAUUAAAUAUCACAAAUAUUGCAAUUGAUGCAAAUUCUCAAUCAAAUUCACAUUUUUCAAAUGAAUCUUCAUCCGCUUUAUUAUCUGGUUUAUCAUCAAAACUUUAUGGUUUAACUGAAGGGAAAAUUUCCGAAGGUCUUUCUUCAAUUGCUUCAAGAAUCAAAAAUUUUAUUCCAGAAAAGAAAUUAACUGCUUUAACUCAUAUUGUUGAAUCAAUUAUGAAUCCUCAAGGUUCAAAUAAUAGAUAUUUAAAUAUAACUGAUGAUUAUUUAUAUCUUGAUCCAAAAUCAAGAGGUCAUUCAACAAAACCAAAAAGACAACAAUAUAAUGAUUCUAUUGUAUUUGUAGUUGGGGGCGGUAAUUAUUUAGAAUAUCAAAAUUUACAAGAAUGGAAACAAGAACAAAUUAAUAAAAAUAUAAGUGGUGGUGGCAAUGUUAUAAAAUCUGUAACUUAUGGUUCAACUGAAAUUUUAUCACCUUUGGAAUUCUUAAAUGAAUGUGGUAGAUUGGGUGAGAACUAG